GGCGGCGGAAGUGACGCCGGGCCGCUUCCGGGCGCGGCCCCGCCCGGCCCCGAGGGAAGGAAGGAGGGUUAGAAGGCCGCCAUGGAGGCAAACAACCUCGGCAUUGUUACUCCCAAAAGACCUGUCCUGUCCGUCAGUGCGAGAAAAAUUAAGGACAACGCAGCCGAUUGGCACAAUUUGAUUAAAAAAUGGGAGACCCUCAAUGAUGCAGGAUUUACUGUUGCUAACAAGAUUGUAAACACGAGAAUCGGUGCACUGACUAAGGACCCUAAAAUGGAAUUAGAAGGCAGUCAUGAGAUUUCCAGCUCUGACCAAACUCUUCCAGAAUUUAACAAGGAACUUGACUCCUUAUGUAAGGAAUUGCAUGGUGCCUUGGAAAGCAUGGUCAAAAUACAGUUGAAGAUGGAAAAACUGACUUCGACUACAAAAGGAAUUUGUGACUUGGAAACUUAUCAUCACCGAGUUGGGAAAUGCCCGGUACCCCUCUUCCAUACAUGGCCCACUACCUAUUUUUACGAAGUUUCACUAAAGCUUUCCGAAAUGUACAAGAAGGAACUACGCCUCAAGCGCACCGUCGUGGAAGCUCUCGCUCACACCCGGGAGCGGGACCCGAUGAUGACGUACUUGUCCAUCUGGCUGCACCAGCCCUAUCUCGACGAGAGCAGUAAAGCGCAUCUGGAAAGCAUGCUUUACGAAACGGGACACCGACCGUAGUGAGCCCCGCUGCUGGGCCGGCCAGCCGGGGGCCGGCCAAGGUUGAAGGGUAAUGGUCACAGGAGGGACCGGGUGGGGCGUGGACCUCCGGCCACUCUGCCGGCCCCUUCAGCUGGCCCGCCGGGGGCCUCGGCCCGCGGAGGAUCGACGGGCUGUGCCGUGUGACUCUCACCGGGGAAACGUCUCUUACGCACCGUAAGUGGACAGGCUGCCCGACGUGUCCUAUGGGUUCCGGUGCCACUUUUCUGACGUGUCCAGGGGCAGUUUGAGGCUUGGUAUGCACGCCCAAGGUCCUUUCCUUUAAGUUGCUGCAGGUGAGCCGGCUCUUUGCCAUUCCCAGCCGUGCCCGAGGCCAGCCCAGUGCUACCUCAUCCCAUCCACAAUGGCAGCUUUCCUCUAUCCCCUGACGGCCCACCCCUCACGCUGCUGGUGUCUGGGCUCAGCCAACCCUUCCCUUGCUUGUCGUUCACCCCCGAGCCUCGCUGUCUCCAGCCUGAGGCCCCAGUUUUCCCUUUGGAAAGCUUGGUUUGGCGGAAUCAGUCAGUACAGGUCCUAGGAAAGAGUCAGCUGCCUCCAGGUCAAAAGCCUGCACCUGUUCCCCCCCACCCUCUUUGCUCUUUGAACUGGGUUGAUGUAGGAGCAGGUGAGUCCCUCCAACCCCUUUUCAGGUAGGCCAUUGGGAAAAGGGGAUUGAGCCCCAAACAGAGAGCUAUGGAGUUUUAUAGGACUCGAGCCGUUACCGUCUCCUCGGCCAGGGUGGCCCUACCGAGCAGGCUGGAGGCUCCCAUCUCGUGGAGCAAACCGUCCCCCUAGACCCUGAUGAGAAGACACUCGUGGUGGGCAAGGCCCACCCUGAAUGAGGGAUGAGAGGUGCCGCUUGGGACGGAGGAGGGGACACCUCCAGCAGAGGCCCAUUGUUACCUCUCCCCUGAAGGCCCAGCGGCUCCCCAGAGGAAGUGCUAGGAGCAAACCUCCGUGAAUAAAUGGGAUUUAGUGAGCACCAGACAGUCAAGCCCCAACCACCCACUCACUCGGCUCUGCCUUUUGUGAAGGGAGGAAGUUGGCUGCAAGUAGUGGCUUUAGGUUGGAGAAUCCGUCAAUCCCCUGGGGCCUUGAGGCCCAGUUCUGCGAUUCCAAAACCAGUCCCCUCCCUCGGGUCUCCCAGGGGUGGAGGAGCAGACAGACCCACACCACGCGCACUUUAUAAAAACACCUUCCUCUUUA